AUGUGUGGUUUAAUUGUUUUGAACAAAGUUUAUAAUAUCAAUUUUAUCAUAAGAAUGGAAAAUCAUAAUAAUUCUUUAAAAUUGGGUAUUAAUUCUAAUGAUGAAUUCCCACCACCACCACCACCACCACCACCAUCAACAACAACAAAACCAACAUUUUCAUCAGAACAAUAUAUACCAAGAGCAAUUAUUUUAGAGAUUGUUAAAGAGAUUUCUGAAUCUAUUCCAAAGUUUCGCGAAAAGAAUUAUUUUUUCUCUCAUUCGUCAAAAAAGGAAGAAUCAACAAUUGAUCGUAAAUCAAUACAAUAUCACUCAAAUAGAAUAUUAUUAAAAGAUUUAAUUUUAAAUGAUAAAGAAAAUAAAGAAAAAAUUAUUUAUAAAAAUUCAACAAUUACUAAUAAUAAAAAUAAAAAAGAAGAAGAAGAAGAGAAAGAAGAAGAAGAGGAAGAUCAAGUAAAAGAAAUAAAAGAAGAAGAAGAAGAUAAAGAAAUUGAAACUAUUCAUAUUUGGCAACCAAAAGUAUUAAAACAAAGAAAGAAUGAUAGUUGUGGAUAUUAUUGUUUAUAUAAUUCAUUAACUAUAUUAAAUAGUUGUUUCAUUGGUACUGAAGAGGAAGCUAAAUCAAUCUAUUCAGAAUAUUUGGAGAGUAGAGUAUUAUUUUGGCAUUUCUAUUGGGUAUCGAUAAAAUUAUUCCUAGAGAAAUCUAAACAAAAGAAAAAAGAUAAACAAUCAAGAUAUCCAUGGAAUGAAAAGUGUAUUCUAAAGGGUGUAUUAGAGAGAUCCUAUGUGGAAUAUAUGUUUAAAAGCGGUGUAAAUGAUAAUAUGAAUAUGAUAAGUCGUCAACAUUAUCCAAUCACAGUUUUACCAGACUGGGCCAUUCAGUCAUUGAAAAACAAUCGUUUACCAAUCGAUGAAAUUAAAGAAAUGGAACGAAUUUCACAACUAUUUAAAUCAAGUUCAAACUAUACCCAUGUAUUUAUGAUUGGUCAAUCGAUUCAUUGGAUUACCAUAGUAAUCAAUAAAGUUAACAAUCAUUCGGAAUUAAUCGUUUUGGAUAGUAGAAAUCAUAAUUUACUUGGUGCUACCGAUGAUGAAGUAAUGCAAUUGGUUAACAAACAUCCAGAACUCUCUGACCAUAUGAGAAAAAGUUAUCUCUUCUCUUUAAUUGAACCAAAAUUAAUUGUCCAAAUUUUAAAAGAUUGUAUGUUGGGUGAUGCAGAUUUAACUAAAACUUUAUUACAAUUAAAUUUAACUUGUUUCUUGGAAAAUUUCUAUUCACAUGUAAAUAAUCAUAAUGAUAAUGAUAAUACUUUAUCAAUUUUUAAUAAUUUAAAUAUAAAUAAUAAUAAUAAUAAUAAUAAUAAUAAUAAUAAUAAUAAUAAUAAUAAUAAUAAUAAUAAUAAUAAUUAUAAAACUACCAAUAUAACAACUACAACCAAAACAACAACUAAAACUACUUCUAUUUCAUCAUCAUCUUCAAUGACAACAACAACAUUUACAUCAUCAACAUCAACAUCAUCAACAUCAACAUCAACAUCAUCAUCAUCAUCAUCAUCAUCAUCAUCAUCAUCAUCAUCAUCAUCAUCAAACUCAAAUAUAACACAACAACAACAACUUAUUUAUUGGCUAGAGAAUUACUGGCCACCAUCAGUUAUUGAAUAUAAUAUAUGUCAAGUUUUAGAUUCAAUAAUAACAACAAAAGAAGAUAUGGAUAAAUAUUUAGAAUGCCAUAUAUUAGAAUCACUCUCAGUUUGGAUUAAAAAAAAAUAA